AUGGGCAAUUUCAGUGAAAUCCUCUCUUCUACAGAGCAUUCCACAACCUCUAGAACUCGAAACCAAAGCGGUAUGAUAGCUUUUCAAGACACAGUUGCCGCGUGUAGUCUUACUGACCUGCCAUCUCUUGGCUUGAUGUUCACUUGGAUUAAUAACCAAUCUGAAAAUCAUGUAGCCAAGAAACUUGAUCGCGUUCUCGUCAAUGAUGCAUGGAUGAACCAGUUCUCUCAAUCAUACGCCAAGUUCGAGCCCUCUGGAAUAUCUGAUCAUACUCGGUCUAGAGUGUUUUUGGAAUCAGAGCCGGUGGGAAGAAAAUUACCUUUCAAGUUCUUCAAUUUCCUUGCGGAUCACCCUGACUUCCUUGCUUCAGUCUCUGACACUUGGAACCAAACUGAACCCAUCUACCACUCCCGAUCGGCCUUGUAUAUCUUCAGUAAAAAGUUGAAGCUUCUGAAGCCAAUUCUUCGCCAUCUCAACAAAACUAAGUUUGGUGAUAUCCCACGGAAAACAAAAGAAGCUUUUCAGAACUUGUGUGAAAAGCAAGCUCAGGCUUUAUCGGACCCGAGCUCCUCCUCAUUUGAUGCGGUCUCAGCGGCCACAGAAAACUGGAAUCACUGGGCAAGUAGAACCACGUUCAAUGUGAUCAGGCGUCUGGUCUUACUCUCUGGGGAUCCCUUCGACCAGUUCCUCAACACGAAUGUGGCAUCUACUCAUGAGGAUAAUGCAGAGAACCUUACGAACUUAAUCGAGUUUUGUUGUCCUGCUCAUACGGCUGAGUUACUGGUUCACCCGAUUUUUGAAGCAAAGAUCAGAAAUGUGCUCUUCUCCAUGCCGGUAAACAAAGCACCUGGACCGGACGGUUAUCCUGUUGAAUUCUAUAAAGUUGCAUGGCCUGUAAUCAGAAAAUAUUUCAUUACUGCGGUACAAUCUUUCUUUCUUUAUGGUUUCCUACCGAAAGGAGUGAAUGCCACGAUCUUAACCCCCAUACCAAAGAUUCAAGGUGCAGAAACCAUGAAAGAUUUCAGGCCCAUCUCUUGCUGCAUCAUUCUCUACAAGGUUGUAUCCAAGGUCUUGGCCAGACGUUUGAAGGUCUUACUCCCAGAGCUUAUAGAACCAAACCAGUGUGCUUUUGUGAAAGGGAGACUCUUGCUGGAAAAUGUACUCAUGGCCACUGAACUCAUCAAGAACUACCGCAAAGACUUGAUUGGAUCUCGCAGCGUCUUGAAACUGGACAUAUCAAAAGCCUUUGAUACGGUCAAAUGGUCAUUUAUUGAGGACACGCUUAGAGCAAUGCAUAUUCCAGAGCAAUUUAUUCACGGGAUCCAUGUAUGCCUCUCUACUGGUGCAUUUUCAGUAUCAGUCAAUGGUGAACUAGAGGGAUUCUUUCCUAGUGCGAGGGGUCUGAGACAAGGUUGUGCCCUAUCUCCGUAUCUAUUUUUUAUAGCCAUUAAUGUGCCCUCUCUGGCGUUUAACAAAUCUGCUGCUUCAGGAAGCAUUGGUUACCACCCUACUUGCUCUCAAAUCAACCUCACUCACUUGAGUUUCGCGGACGAUAUCAUGGUUUUCACUAAUGGUGAGCCUAGCUCCUUACAAGGCAUUUUCUCUGUUCUGAACGAGUUUGAAAGCUGGUUACCAAAGCGUUGUCUUGAAACCAUUGAGAGAAUGUGUAGCUCUUUCCUUUGGUCUGGUACGCCUAACUCUAUAGGGAAAGCCAAAGUGGCAUGGGAUGAAGUUUGUAUGCCUAAGGAAGAGGCAGGUUUGGGAAUUCGCAGGCUGGUUGAUUCAUCAAAAGUUUUGGUUUUGAGUUUGAUAUGGCGCCUUAUCACUAACUCAAGCUCACUUUGGGUUGCUUGGACUCGCACAAACCUGUUACGUAAUCGAUGUUUCUGGAAUGUUAAGGACACACAAUCAGGCUCUUGGAUCUGGCUUAAGCUUCUUAAGCUCCGCCAUCAAGCAGCUAUGUUCUUAAAGUCUGAAAUUGGCAACGGAAAGGGUACUUUAUUUUGGUUUAAUAAUUGGCUGAAUAUGGGGAAACUAAUUGACAUUGCAGGUGACUCGAGCACUAUGUUGUUGGGUAUUAGCAGAUAUGCCACAGUCGCCGACGCAACCUCGUCUGGGCAAUGGAACAUCAGAAGAUGUUGCACCUGUCACCUACGGGCGAUGAUAGCUGCCAUCAACUCUGUUCCACCCCCGGUAGAGGAUGCAGGCGGUGAUCGUGUUCUUUUGAAACAUGGAGAUGGCGACUACAAACCUUGGUUCUCAUCAUCCAGAACAUGGGAUCAGCUUCGAGUGCACCACAAUGCAGUGGAAUGGAGUAAAGUUACAUGGUUCUCAGAAGCAAUCCCACGGUUCUCGUUCAUAGCGUGGCUUGCCGUGCGAAACAGGCUUUCAACAGGUGAUCGAACUCGAGCAUGGGGGAGGUACAGGUUUGUAGGCUCUGUGGCCAGCCUGACGAACCCCGUGACCACCUUUUCUUUGCCUGCCCGUACUCCUAUACCGUCUGGACUGAUCUGA